AUGGCUCUCAGUCUUAGCAGGCUGCUGCGGCAGACCCGCUGGGCUGAUUCUGUUACCCAUGGGGGUCGCCACUUCAGCGCUGCUUCAGCCGCCUUCUCCGGUCACAAUAAAUGGUCGACGAUUAAGCAUGACAAGGCCAAAAACGACAAGGCUAAGAGCAGGGAACGCCAAAUGGUUAGCAAGGAAAUUGCCAGUGCUACACAGAUGUGGGGAGCCGACGUAAAGUACAAUCCCCGUCUUGCCCUCGCGCUGUCGAAUGCGAAACGAGCGUCCAUCCCGAAAACAAUUAUCGAGGCAGCAAUUGCACGAGGACAAGGGCUCAGUGUCUCAGGCCAGGCAUUGGAAUCUGUGACGAUCGAGGCCAUGCUUCCUGGCUCGGUGGCCGCAGUUGUGGAGUGUCAAACCGACCAGAAGGCGCGCGUGCUGCAGGACAUCCGCUACAUAAUCAAAGAUAAUGGAGGGAUUGUCACACCGACGACAUUUCUCUUCGAAAGGAAAGGGAGGGUCGUCAUGGAGGGGAAAGGUGAUACCACUGCAGACGACUACUUGGACCAGGCAAUUGAAGCGGGAGCGGCGGACAUCACGACUGAUGAUAAAGGUCGCCUCGUGAUCUUGACCGACCCAUCCGAGACGAAGACUGUUGGUGAGACAUUUGCGAAACUGUCGGGUCUCAGUAUUGAGGAGCUGGAGAUCUUCUGGGAUCCCAACCGGGAUAGCAUGGUGGAGGUGAAGGACGAAGAACAGACAAAAGACCUUGAAGAUCUCCUAAGUGCUUUGCGAGAAGAUCCAAGUGUACAGGAUAUUUAUCUGAACUCAACGGAGAAGUUCUGA